UGUCCCGGGUCAACAGGGACGUCUGGACACUUUACUAAAAUUAAAACAUACCUGGCAUCAUUGUUUGAACGGACAUGCAAAUAAAUAUCAAGUAUUCUGUAUUAAUACGGGGGGAUAUUGAAAUGAUGGUGGUGUAAUAGCGGGACAGGACCACGCUGCACUAGAGGCGCCCUGUACCCGGUGUCUCUGCGCUGUUGUUGUGGUUAGCCUUUAGCAUUAGCCUCGUAGUAGCCCAUGCUGUAGGAGGAGGUGCGCUUUGCCGGUUUGGCGCAGUGGGGAUGGCUCUCACAUGAAGCGGCCCAGCGGUAUACUGUUCUCCGGAUAAACACGGCUAAAAUGACAGUGGAAAUGGCCGGAGUCUUCGACAUAGAUCUGGAUCAGCCGGAUGACAUCGUGUCUGAGGACGAGUUUGAGGACGGAAGUGAAUACAUGGACCAAUGUAGCAGCGGGUUUGAGUUUAACAUGGAUGGCUGUGAGAAGUUUGAAAUAUCUGAGAACAGUGUAAACAAAGGAACAGAGCAGAUUAGACCUGAAUGCUUUGAGCUUCUGAAAGUUCUGGGAAAAGGCGGCUAUGGAAAGGUGUUUCAAGUUCGUAAGGUAACAGGUGCUGCUUCUGGGAAGAUUUUUGCCAUGAAGGUUUUGAAGAAGGCCAUGAUUGUUCGUAAUGCAAAGGAUACAGCUCAUACCAAAGCUGAGCGCAACAUUCUGGAGGAGGUGAAGCAUCCAUUUAUUGUGGACCUCAUCUAUGCCUUCCAGACUGGGGGAAAGUUGUAUCUUAUCCUGGAAUAUCUCAGUGGUGGGGAGUUAUUUAUGCAACUAGAACGAGAAGGAAUAUUUAUGGAGGACACAGCAUGUUUCUACCUGGCCGAGAUCUCCAUGGCUUUGGGCCACCUGCACAAGAAAGGCAUCAUCUACAGAGACCUGAAGCCUGAAAACAUAAUGCUGAACAACAAUGGGCAUGUGAAAUUAACGGACUUUGGUCUCUGCAAGGAGUCGAUCCAUGAUGGCACUGUAACCCACACCUUCUGUGGCACCAUUGAAUAUAUGGCUCCAGAGAUCCUGAUGAGGAGUGGACACAAUCGAGCAGUCGAUUGGUGGAGUCUGGGUGCUCUCAUGUACGACAUGCUGACCGGAGCACCGCCAUUUACUGGGGAAAACAGAAAGAAGACCAUUGACAAAAUAUUGAAAUGUAAACUUAGCCUUCCACCUUAUCUGACGCAAGAAGCCAGAGACCUCCUAAAAAAGCUGUUGAAGAGGAAUGCCUCAGUGCGACUCGGGGGUGGCCCAGGAGAUGCUGCAGAGGUCCAGGCUCAUCCUUUCUUCCGGCAUAUAAACUGGGAUGACCUGCUUGCUCGUAAAGUAGAUCCUCCUUUUAAACCAUUUCUGCAAUCGCCUGAUGAUGUGAGCCAGUUUGACUCAAAGUUCACCAGUCAGACGCCAGUGGACAGUCCAGAUGAUUCCACGCUGAGUGAAAGUGCUAAUCAAGUCUUCCUGGGUUUCACAUAUGUAGCCCCAUCAGUUCUGGAAAAUAUCAAAGAAAAGUUUUCCUUUGAACCAAAAGUUCGCUCUCCUCGAAAAUUCCCAGGAAGCCCAAGAACUCCUGUAAGUCCAGUGAAGUUCGCCCGUGGGGACUGCUGGCCUCGAGGGCCAGCGCUUAAUGACAGCCCGUGUGUGCUGUCUCCUGGUGUAUCUGAACAGCCCAUGGACGUGUCCUCUGUGGAGUACACAGACUUUAGCAGCAGUGGAAGUACAGAGGCAUCAGCACCACUCCCUAUCAGACAGCCCUCAGGCCUCAGCACAGGACAAUAUAAGAAACAGGCCUACCCUCUGAACACAAAGAGACCAGAGCAUCUAAGAAUGAACUUAUGACACGUGGCUUGUUGCUGAACUUUAGAAAUAUUCAAAUUUUCCUUCUAAUAGGUCUUCAUUUUUUAAGAGACUUGUAGUUUUUUUUAAGACUUGACUGACACUGUUUCCGCUGAUCACCAGCUCUUCCAGCAGCGCCUUCUCGCUUGACCUUUGACCUUUGGCCUCUAUCUACUGUCUUUAAAGAGCAGUGGUCAGGGAUGUGUGAGACUUCUAGAAAGGGGACUUGCGUGAUAAGUUUUGACAUUAUAUGAUUUAUUGGUGCUCUGUCCAUCUAAAGGACAAUGUUAUGUUUACAGCUGGAGAUGCUAGUGUACAAUGGAUUUACCAUUUGCACUUUAAGUGCCCCUCAGUAUGCAAUUUGCAAGAAUUGCAAAAAUUUGGGAUGUUUGAAAGAAAUCUGAGAAGCUUGCACACCAUUGAUUGUACCCCACAGCAAAAACAGUUGAGUUUGGGGUAAUCUAGAAAAAAGGUCUCAAAAGAAAUCAAAUCUGGCCUUGAGAUGCGUCACCAGUAAACUCCUGGUGCCGUUUGUCUUCGUUUAGUUACUGUUCUGAAGAGCUAGCCUGUCUCUUUUUGCUGGAUGUAAAUACACCUGAGUGUAUACAGUUAGCUGUGCUGCAUUACGACUUACUGUUGGGUCGGUCCAUUUUAACGGUUGAAGGCUCCUGAAACCCCAUUCAUUAUGCUCACAAUUCAUAUCAGUGUCUUUUUUUAUUGAUCUGUCAGUUCAAAUUUACUUCUUCCUGCUACAAUAUCACAUGUACAAGUAUUAUGCAAAAAGCAAUAGAAGUAUCAUUUUACCAAUGCCAGACCAACACAUGUAGUUUUCAGUACAAACAAACUUUCAGUUGAAGAACCAAAAGGCUUUAGUCAAACACCAGGUAAUACACGUUGUAUCUUGUGCAUCAGAGUUAAGUUGCAGACUUAAAUUGUUUUAUAUUAAUAGCUUAUUUUAACAAUUUAAUUUUUUAGAUUAUUAUGAGAACUUCAUAUUUAUUUCAAGUGCCAUUUUGUUUUCACAGAAUUGUUCACUAUGCAAAUAAUGUAUUUAUUUUGUUCUAGUAUUACACUAAUAAUAAGGCAGCAGAAUGUGAUUUGUCAUUCCUGUACAUUUUAUUCCAUGCGUUCUGUUUGAUAUUGGUUUUUACCACACUCCCAUGAAGUUAUUGUAUUCUGAUUUCUGACAUGUAUAAGAAAAUUAAUUAUUGUGCUGUGGUUUAAUCCAAGGCUAGAAUAUAAAGAAAAUACUGUUACAUUUCACAGUA